AUGGCGGACCUGCCAGGCGUGGAUGCCAAAGAGCUGCAGGAGGUGGCGCUGUACAGAAAACUAGACAAGUGGCACCGCCUCGAUGUGGCCCCCUUCUUGGCCCUGUACGCGGUGUGGGCGGCCUGGGCCCUGCAGCUGCUCAUCCAGGAAGGCACCGAAAAGUUCACCCUCAUCCAGCUGGUCUCGUAUGCCGUGCUGGCGCUGCACGCGCUGACGUACCUGGGCACGGUGUGGAGCGUGAACAUCAAGAGCCGGCUGCACUUCCGCGCCGUGAGCCACCUGGCAGAUGCCACGCACGUCAAGGUGGUGCCCCACUCGUUUGUGGGAACCAACGAGAUGGUGCCGCUGCACGGCAAGCAGACGGAUGCAGGCCCCAUCAUCAGCUUUGACUUCCGCAAGCUGCACUUCAUCCUGGACCCUAAGGACGGAAUGUUCCACAAGCUCAAAUACCCCACCAAGGAGACAUUUGCCACGUACCGUGCCACCGGCGGGUAUGGCGCUGAGGGCAAGCUGGUGGCGGCGCUUGAGCGGUGGGGCCCCAACAAAUUCGAGGUGCCUGUGCCGCGCUUCACGGAGCUGCUGUGGGAGCAGCUGCUGGCGCCCUUCUUCUGCUUCCAGGUCUUCUGCGUGGGCCUGUGGGCCCUGGACGACUACUGGUACUACUCCCUCUUCACCCUGUUCAUGCUGGUCAGCUUUGAGUGCACGGUGGUGGGGCAGCGCCUCAAAAACCUCAGCGACGUGCGCCGCCUGCAGGCUGUCAAGCAGCCCCUCAACGUGUACCGCAGCGGCAAGUGGGGCAAGCUGCCUGGCGAAGCGUUGCUGCCCGGCGAUGUGGUCUCGGUUGUUCGGUCAGAGGGCGGCGAUGAUCUGGUACUGCAGGCAGACGUGCUGCUGCUGGCAGGCACCUGCAUCGUGGAUGAGGCAGUGCUGACAGGCGAGAGCACGCCGCAGUGGAAGAAUCCUGUGGGGGAGGCCACGGGGGACGAGAUUGAUGCCUCUGAGCUUGAGCCCACCUCCAGGCAAGCUAGCUACACAUGUAUAGUUGCAGGCAGGCAGGAUUCAGGGGGCAGCAGGCACGGGCUCAGCAUCAAGCGUGACCGCAUGCACGUGCUGUUUGGUGGCACCAAGCUGCUGCAGUCAAGCGGCGACAAGAGCGCCAAGAUCAAGACACCCGAUGGCGGCUGUCUGGCCGUGGUGCUUCGCACCGGCUUUGGCACGGCGCAGGGCCGCCUGAUGCGCACCAUCCUGUAUUCGACCGAGCGGGUGACGGCCAACAACGCCGAGGCAUUCCUCUUCAUCCUCUUCCUGCUGGUCUGGGCCAUCGCCGCGAGUGGAUACGUGCUCUACCGCGGCCUGCAGGACCCCGACCGCGACCGCUUCAAGCUCAUCCUCAACUGCAUCAUGAUCCUCACCUCGGUCAUCCCUCCCGAGCUGCCGAUGGAGCUGACGGUGGCUGUGAACGCCAGCCUGCUGGCGCUGGCCCGCAAGAAGAUCUUCUGCACCGAGCCCUUCCGCAUCCCCGUGGCCGGCAAGCUCACCACCUGCUGCUUUGACAAGACCGGCACGCUGACCAGCGACCACAUGGUGCUGGAGGGGGUGGCUGGCACCCAGGGGCACGAGGACGACGUCGUGGCAGACGUCAAGACGCUGCCCACUGCAGUCAGCCGCGUGCUGGCCUGUUGCCAGAGCCUGCUGCUGGUGGACAAGGGCAUGGUGGGAGACCCAGUGGAGAAGGCGGCUGUGGAGGCCACAGGCUGGGUGUGCAAGCAGGACACCAUCACCAGCCACGGCGACAGCGGCAAGGAGUCCAACAAGGCGAGUGCCUGCUGUUGGGCUCGGUGUUGCCCAAUCAUGCACCGCUUCCACUUCAACAGCGUGCUCAAGCGCAUGAGCACCAUCGUGGAGACUGAGGGGGAGGGCUGUCACAGCUGGUGGGUGCUGAGCAAAGGCGCGCCAGAGGUGGUGCAGGGCUUGCUGGCCACCGUGCCGCCGCACUACCAAAAGUGCUACAAGCACUAUGCCUCCGAGGGGGCUCGCGUGCUGGCGCUCGCCUACAAGCAGCUGCCCGGCGAGAUGACGCCCUCCGAGCUGCGCCACCUGCCCCGUGACCACGCGGAGAGCGGGCUGCUGUUUGCCGGGUUUGCGGUGUUCCGCAGCCCGCUCAAGGAUGACUCCGAGCCCGCGCUGCGCAUGCUGCGCGAGUCGCAGCACCAGCUGAUCAUGAUCACAGGUGACGCGCCGCUGACAGCGUGCCACACGGCCGCCAAGGUGCACAUUGUGACACGGCCCGCCCUGAUUCUCACCAAGGCUGGCAACGGCAACGGCAGCAGCAAUGGCGGCUCACUUGUCUGGCUGUCGCCUGAUGAGCGCACCCGUGAGCCCUUUGAUUCCUCCCUGAGCGCUGCCUGGCAGCUGGCCCAGGACUACGACCUCUGCAUUACAGGCGAUACGCUGGCAGCGCUGCAGGACAUUGGCGCUGCCGAGACUUAUAUCCCUCUUUCUCAGGUGUAUGCCCGCGUCACUCCCGAACAAAAGGAGGUGGUGGUGAAAACGCUGCGCGCGGUGGGCCUGCACGUGCUCAUGUGCGGCGACGGCACCAACGACGUGGGAGCGCUCAAGGGCGCGCACGUGGGCGUGGCGCUGCUGCCACCGCCUCCGGCGGGCAAGGUCAAGAAGGACAAAGCCAGUAAGAGCGGUGGCAAGGGCAGGCUGACAGCAGGCGCAGACGGCGGCAGCGCCGCGGCGGGCAGCUCGGCCAUCGUGCCGCGCGGCUUGCACGGCAGCCAGGUGGUGCAGCAGCGGCAGCAGCCGGGCCAAGCCCAGGGCGCGGGCAGCGCUGCUAGCCCCAACGCCGAGCCGCCCAAGAACCGGCCAGGCGCCAUGAUGAUUGCCAAGCUUCGGGCCCAGGGGCGACCAGUGACCCCCUUCAUCGAGCGCAUGGCCAAAUCAAUGGAUGACAUGGCGGAGGCGGCAGAGGCCGAGGCGAGCAACAUGGUGAAGCCGGGCGACGCCUCCAUGGCGGCCCCCUUCACCGCCAAGCAGAGCAGCGUCAUGCCCUGCCUGGACAUCCUCAAGCAGGGGCGCUGCACCCUGGUGACCACCAUCCAGAUGUUCAAGAUCCUGGGCCUGCUGUGCCUCUCCACCGCCUACUCCCUGUCGGUGCUGUACAUGGAUGGCAUCAAGCUGGGGGACCUCCAGGCCACGACGGCGGGCAUGCUGACCGCCGGCAUGUUCUUCUUCAUCUCCAACGCAAAGCCCCUGGACAAGAUGAGCAAGGCGCGCCCCCACCCGCGCGUCUUCUGCCGCUACGUCUUCACCUCUCUGCUGGGCCAGUUUGCCGUCUACCUCACUUUCCUCAUGUACAUGCAGCACAAGGCGCACGCGCUCAUGCCCCCGGAGGAGCGCCAGGAGCCGGAUGCCGAGUUCAAGCCCAACCUCAUCAACACCAUCUGCUUCCUGGCCAACUUCAGCAUCCAGACCAUGACGUUUGCGGUCAACUAUGUGGGCGAGCCCUUCAACACGCCGCUGCUGGAGAACAAGUUCUUUGCUGCCUCUGUGAAAUGGUCGGCAGGCCUGUACGUCACCCUGGUGCUCAACAUCCCCGUGGGCAUCUCCAGCUGGUUCUCUCUGUUCCAGAUGCUGGCAUUUGCGGCGGCCGCCUUUGGCAUCGCCACCUUUAUCGAGCGCACGGCCCGCACCGCCUUCCCCGCGGCGAUACCCCCGGAGAAGGGCGGCCUCACGGGGCCCUUUGCCCAGCUGGCGGCGGCGGCGGCAGCAAAGGAGGACUAG